CUUAAUAUUGAAUUCUCUACUCCUUUUCACCUUAUCUUGUUUCAUUUUUUGGUUUGAUUAUCUUGAAGACUAUCAGAUAAAUUGUCAAGAAAAUAUGUGAAUUCCCGUUUAGUUGCCUGUUUCCUUACAAAAAAUUUAUCCAAAUUUGGUCACGCUUUUCUUGUUCGAUGAACAUGUCUGAUAUUAUGUAUACAUGUUCUUGCUAUGGACCCUCUGUCCCUUUCUGACUCUCUGUAAGAAUAUAGCUUUGAGAAAUUCUGAUGGGAACUCCACAGUUCAUGCAUUUAUUUUGCAGUUGGAAGGAUGAUGACAAGGGAUGGCCCACAAAAAGUUUUUUGAGGUGGCAUGAUUCGGUAAUUGUGCGAUUUUUUUAUUUUGUUUUUAGGUCCUUUUCUUGGAGUAGUUGGAACAAGGUACGAAUUUGAAGCUUUGUGGAUCAUGAACAGCUAGGUAAAGUUUCUUGGUGAACGCUUAAGCAAGUAUGCUGCAGUCCUAGUGUGUGAGUCCAUGAAAUUUUCGAGAAAAAGAAUGCAAAAGCUUUUUUGAAUAAAUUCACAAGAAAAGUGAAAUGGAGCAAUUAAAUCAAAGGUCUAUUGAGAGAGUGGUUUCGCAGAGAGCCUUGCAAAUGAGCAACUCAUUUCCAUGUCAGAUUUGUGUUGUGGGAUUUCUUUGUGGAGUCUGUCUUGCCUCUUUGAUUUUGGCUGCUCUUACUUCAUUUGGCACCUUCCACUUUGGUCGCUUUUCAUUCUCAACCAUGUCAAUGCUUAAUUUAUCAUGGAACUCAGAUCUCGAUAAUAACAUCAACUGCAAUUUUAACCCUAAGGAAACAGAGAGAUUAAGGGAUUUGAAGAGCAGAAGAGAAGGAGAUAACGAUGACAGUGUCUCUUUGCUUUAUUCAGCUUGGAGUUGUGUGUUAAAUAAAUCUGCAACUGGUAGAAAUGAGUGCUUGCUGAAACUUGGAAUUAGUGAGUUGAGUUUACCAAGAGCCCCACAUUUGGAAAACUGCAAGGUGAAAAGGAAGCUAUAUGACAGUCUUGAUAAGCGUACAGGAAAUGAUAGCUUUCCGCCAUGGACAACUUGGAAAGGAUUUUUGGACACUCACCCUGUUGCUGAAACCAGUGAACAAAUUCAAAACUUCAGGCAUCAGGUUAUAUCUGAGGGUGCUUAUCCACCAUGGAUUGAAGGAUCUGAUGAAGAAAACUAUCCCCUGACUAGAAAAGUUCAGCGUGACAUAUGGAUCCAUCAGCAUCCAUUAAACUGUAGCAACCCGAAUGUCAAGUUCCUUCUUGCUGACUGGGAGAGGUUACCUGGAUUUGGCAUGGGAGCUCAGAUUGCUGGAAUGUGUGGACUUCUUGCUAUUGCUAUCAAUGAAAGAAGAAUCCUUGUUACUAACUUCUUUAAUAGGGCUAACCAUGAUGGUUGCAAAGGGUCUUCCCGGUCUAGUUGGAAUUGUUACUUCUUUCCAGAAACUUCCCUAGAAUGCCGUCAACGUGCUUUGGAACUAAUGAGAAGUGAAGAUGCAUGGAGUAAAGGAAUUUUUACCACAAAAGAAAAUUACACAUCGAAGCAUAUAUGGACAGGACCAACUCCUAGGAUAUGGGGCAAUCCAUGGAAUUAUUUGCAACCCACAACCGAUUUAAAUGGCAGUCUGGUGGUUUCUCAUAGAAAAAUGGAUAGACGAUGGUGGAGAGCACAGGCUGUACGCUACUUAAUGAGGUUCCCAACUGAGUACACAUGCAAUUUAUUGAAUGAAGCCCGCCAUGCUGCCUUUGGAAAAAUAGCUGCAAAAAUGGUUCUCAAAAGUCUUGCUGGAGAAUGGCCAAAGGAAAAUAGUAACAAGGCAAGGUCUGAUAUUGAUGAAUAUGUUUGGUCGAAUCACAAGCCAUGGGUACCUAGGCCUCUUCUAAGCAUGCAUGUAAGGAUGGGAGACAAAGCAUGUGAAAUGAAAAUGGUCGAAUUUGAAGAAUACAUGCAACUUGCUAAUCGGAUUAGGAGGCAUUUCCCAAACCUUAAUAGCAUUUGGCUCUCCACUGAGAUGCAGGAAGUCAUCGACAAAAGCCAAGGAUAUUUUCGUUGGAACUUCUACUAUACAAAGGUAAGACGCCAAGGUAGGAGUAAUGUGUCAAUGGCCGAGUAUGAAUCCAGCUUGGGUAGGGAGACCAGCACUAAUUAUCCACUGGUUAAUUUCCUGAUGGCUGCGGACUCUGAUUUUUUCGUUGGAGCAUUGGGUUCUACUUGGUGCUUCCUUAUAGAUGGAAUGAGAAAUACUGGGGGAAAGGUAAUGGCUGGCUACUUGAGCGUCAAUAAGGACAGGUUUUGGUAGGGUAUCUGUCUCUGUAAAUAAUAUUAUUUCUCAACAAAUAUGUUGUCUAUAUGAUUAAUGAUAGAUAAUAGAUUUGUAUUUUUGGGAAAAUAUAUAGCUUCUUUGUAUGUAUAAUUAUUGGACAUGCCAAAAGAAAAAUAAUACU